CAUCCCCAUUGGUGGAGAUACAAAGCGGAAAUAGAAACUACUUCCGAGAUAUUUUUUCUAUUCUUAGGCAUCUACAUUACCGUCGUUGGGUUUUUGGGUAUAGUAGGGAAUUCCACGGUUAUUUAUAUCUUUUGCAGCACUGCCAGUCUACGCACGCCGGCCAACGUUCUGGUCAUCAACUUGGCUGUCUGUGACCUAAUUUUUUCAUCCGUGGCGGGUUUCCCGAUGACAUCAUUGUCCUGCUUCUGGCAAAAAUGGCUAUGGGGUGUCACAGGCUGCAAAUGGUACGCCUUCCUCUGCGCUGCCACUGGCCUCGCCUCCAUAAACUGCCUAACAGCCAUCAGUAUCGACCGCUAUCUUGUCAUCACGCAUCCAUUUUUCAUGCUGGACAAAUCCUCAUUCAAGAGAGUCCUCUUCAACAUGAUCGUAAUAUGGGGCUGGGCCGUAAUCUGGGCUAUGCCCCCUCUGUUUGGAUGGGGCGACUAUAUCAUGGAGGGUUUUGGGGUUAGCUGCACCUUCGAUUACCUAACCAGAACAUGGGCUAAUAUAUCUUUUAACUAUAGUCUGAUUUCGUUCGCGUUCGUCGUCCCACUGUUCAUCAUCGUCCUAUGUUACGUUGGCAUCGUUCGGGAGGUCAUGAGAUGUGGCAGACCCAAGGAGCAGCAGUGCUACGUCAAGAGGUUCAACAGGUACAACAACAGGGCUGACAAUCAAAACUUCAGGCAAGAGAUUCAAAUAACUAGAGUCUUAGCUUGCUGCGUAGUUAGCUUUUGCGUGUGCUGGAUGCCCUACGCUAUAGUCACCCAGAUAGCUAUUAGUGGUUUUCAAGAUCUGGUCAAUCCUUACAUGGCUGAAAUUCCAGUCAUGCUAGCUAAAUCUUCUGCUAUUUGGAACCCCAUUAUUUACGCUUUGAGUCAUCCGAGGUAUAUAAAUGCUCUG